AUUCUUCCCAGAAAUAAUGCUGAUAUCUGGAACUCAUGUCGGAAGUCGUGUAUGAAGAGACAGCCACGAUGAUCGCCGCAGGGGAAUUGCAGUCGUUUGUCCCAUUUGGCCGCGAGCACUGCAGGAACCAUCCAAAUGCCUUCAACCUGCAGCUCAGAGAGCUCCAGCCCGCCUCCGAGCUCUGGUCGUCAGACGGUGCCGCCGGCCUGGUGGGGUCCCUGCAGGAAGUUAGUCUGCAGGAGAGAGAGAGGGAAUGCUGGCAGCUUAGAAAAGGGUGCAUGAGAGUCAGGGAGGAAGAUGUGGAGUUUGAAGAGGAGCUCUACACAGCAGGAACCGUGGUCGUCUGGAGCCAGGGCAGCCGGACCCAAGCCUCUAACGUGUACAAGGCCUUCACCGUCGACAGCCCAGUGCAGCAGGCCUUAUGGUGUAACUUUGCUGUUCCUACGAACAAGAAAGACGAGGAGGAAGUGGAGCAGACUGUGUGUAUCGUCCAGAGUAGCUGUGUCAAUGUUCACACAGUGACCGGGAAGGAUUUCAUAUCACCGCUACCCUUCCAGGUCUCAAAUGUCUGGGCAACCAAAUUUGGACUUUUGUUGGAAAGAAAAAACGCAGUGACUGACGCACAACUCAGCACCCCCGGGGAACCUCUGCCCACAGUGUUCAGCAUGCUGCACCCUGUAGACGAGAUUGCACCAGUAGUGUGUAAACCUACAGGUCUGUUUGAAGGCUCCCGUGUGCAGUAUGCAUCUGACGCCACCAUGAAGAUAGUGUUCAGCUGCUGUCAGCCCUCUGUCGUUGUCUCCUAUGACACUGUACAGGGAAUACACUCCGUCUGGGCCCUGCGCAAGGUCACGCCUGAUGAACGUUCUACUGUCCUGCGGUGUACAGCGGAUCCAGUUGGCACGCCGUUGGGUCUGAUGGCGUCGGGCUUCCUGACCUCUCACCUCCGUAAUAUCUCCCGCCUGGAUUCCCCCGGUGGCAGUGGGGCAACCGGGCUCGGUCCCAGUACUGGAACAAGUUGUGCUGUUGGUACCAGCUCUCCUCUCCACUACAGCGCUCUGCACAGCCACCAGAGCAGGGUCAUAACGUCUUCACCAGGAUUACACUCCCGUGUUCAUUCCCCGAGUAUAUCCAACAUGGCCGCCCUCAGCCGUGCCCACUCUCCAGGAAUGGCGGCUCCGUCCUUUUCGGGUGCGUCGCGUUUUAACACAUCUUUCCACAGCCCGUCCCCCAGGGGGCACCAUGGCUUGUUAUCCUCUCCCAACAGCACGGUCAAUGAGACGAUGCUGGUGCCCGAGAUGGAGCCCAUCGUACCCGACCUCUGCAUGGAGCAGCUGUGGAGUGAGACGGUCACAGCUGGCUGUCACAGGGAGAUGAGCAGCCAGGCGUCUAAAGUAUUCCUGACCUCUGACCUCUGUGAGAACCGCUACCUCUGUUUCCUGGUGGAGUCUCACCAACAGCUCAGAUGUGUGAAGUUUAUUGAGAGCAACGAUACGUCUCAACUCAUCUUCACCUCCGUCACAACCAUCCCUGCCAAAGAUGCAGAGCCACUGCAGAAUAUUGAUGCCAUGCUGGUCCUGGAGGCCUGUGGCAGUCUGGUUCUCUACACAGGAAUCACCAGGGUCAGUAAGGUGUUUGUCCAUGGCCUCCUGUCGCCCCCUUUCAGUCUCACAAACCACCUCCCUCACCUGAGCACGCCGCUGGACAAUGUUAGCACGCCGGCUAACGCUGGCAGUAGGCACCUCCAAAGACUGGACGAGGCCGCUAUGCCCUCACCAGUGUCAGAGCUGAGGGGUCCAAACAUUAAACACCACGAAGCUUCAUUUUUGGAAGAUUACACUUUCCAACAAACCACGCCUUACAUCCAUGCCUUGCGGGACCCCGUCUGCAACCGGGUCACUCUGUGAGGAAAUGCCUUCAGGCUAUUCGUUUCAUCCUGCCCAAAGAAGCUGCCAUGAAGGUUUUGGUAAAAUGGUAUAACAUCUACAAUGCCCCCGGUGGUCCCAGUGCUCAUGCAGAGUGGAACCUGUUUGUCACCUGUUUCAUGACACUGAUGGGCUACAACACAGAGCGCCUGACCUGGACACGAAAUCUGCAUUUUGAAGUGCCUCUCUCUCCAGUGAUUGCAGCCAAGAAGGCUCGUCCCUCUGACGGAGGCUCUGAUGAGGACUGGGACUACUUAUUGGGGUCUCAUUACCAUCGUCAGAUGAAUUCCCAGCCUGUCUGCGGUCCAGUGGACUCCAGUGGCUCCAAUAAUACUCUCAUAACGGACACUGAUUGCCUGUCCUCUGUGUCCUCUCCCUCUUGUCCACCUCUAAAGUUGGACAGUUCAGCGCCUCUCUUCCCUCACAUUCCUUCUCUUUUUUAUGUUCUCCAUCUGCUCUAUCAAGAGCUGCAGCUGGACGAGCUGCAGAGAGCGAGAGCGUCAUUGCUCGUCUGCCUGCUUCAACAGCUGGCCAGAGACCUCCAGUUGGAAGAGUACGUGGAUCUGUACUGGAGAGAUUACCCUUCCUUAAUUAGUGGCUUCAAUGAGAGCUGCCUCAUAGACCAGGUUCUGUUUGGUCAGAUGCAGCGUCCGUCCUUCCUGAGGGCAGAUCCUCCCUGUGUGCUCAGCUGGCUCAGUAGCUGUCUAAGAGGGGAGGAGAUCCUGCCUUUCCCCUACCUGCCUGGAAUCUGUCAGAGGACCAGGCUGCUGGUUCUGAGUUAUGCUCUCUACAUUACUGAAGAUGAAAAUGCUACUUCGACAGACCUAUCAAAGUACCUGGCCAAGCUCUCUGCAGGCCAGAAGUCUUGUGCCAGUGAACCUCAGUGCAGAAGACAGAGCAGUGGGAAGGUGAGGGGUUGCAGUGGAAGUCUGGCUGAGCAGCUGGUGGUCUGGCUCACCUCAGAAGGUUUCACCUUGAAGGACUUGGAGUCAGUCCCCUUCGGCGUGGCUUUGCCUAUCAGGGAGGCCAUCUACCACUGCCGGGAGCAGCCGUGUUCUGAUUGGUCAGAGGAGGUCUGUCUGCUGAUUGGGCGACAGGAUCUGACCAAACAAGCCCACAAGAUGACCCUGGGCAAGAGCAAAGCCUCUGUAGGUUCAGGUCUGUCCUUGGAGCCUCCUGCGACCACAGAGGCAGAUGAGGAGGAAGAUGGGAUGUCGGACAUUAUUCAAGAGGUCACAGGACUGAUCUGGAGUCAGGAUCUGAGGGUCCAGGAGGUCAGGAGGCUCCUGCAGAGCUCCAGGCCAGUCCGGGUCAGUGUUGUCCAGUUACCAGAAGUCUCUGACCAUGAGUACAUUGAGGAGAAAGAGAACAAACUCCUGCAGUUGUGUCAGAGGACCAUGGCUCUUCCGGUUGGCAGAGGGCUUUUCACUCUCUUCUCCUAUCACCCUGUACCGACGGAACCUUUACCUGUCCCAAAACUCAACCUGACAGGCCGUGCUCCUCCCAGGAACACUAUGGUUGAUCUGAACAGCGGGAACAUUGAUGUUCCUCCCAAUAUGACCAGCUGGCCCAGCUUCCAUAACGGAGUAGCUGCUGGACUCAAAAUAGCCCCAGCUUCACAGGUGGACUCAGCCUGGAUAGCCUACAACAAGCCAAAGAGCCCUGAGCUGGCUAAUGAGUAUGCAGGCUUCCUCAUGGCCCUGGGCCUCAAUGGACACCUCACUAAGCUGGCCACGCUUAAUAUACAUGACUACCUCACCAAGGGCCAUGAGAUGACCAGCAUCGGGCUCCUUCUGGGUGUGUCUUCAGCCAAACUGGGCACCAUGGACAUGUCAAUUACCCGCCUGCUUAGUAUACACAUCCCUGCCCUUCUCCCACCCACCUCCACUGAGCUGGACGUGCCACACAAUGUUCAGGUUGCUGCUGUAAUUGGCAUCGGGCUGGUGUACCAGGGAACAGGACACAGACAUAAUGCUGAAGUCUUGCUGUCUGAGAUAGGUCGACCUCCUGGUCCAGAGAUGGAGUACUGCACAGACCGAGAGUCCUAUUCACUUGCUGCUGGACUAGCCCUGGGCAUGGUCUGUCUGGGGCAUGGCAGUAACCUGAUUGGGAUGACAGACCUGAAUGUCCCUGAGCAGUUGUAUCAGUACAUGGUGGGGGGCCACCGCAGAGCUCAGGCCGGGGCCAACAGGGAGAGACACAAGUCCCCCAGCUACCAAAUCAAGGAGGGCGACACUAUAAAUGUCGAUGUGACGUGUCCAGGGGCCACACUGGCCCUCGCCAUGAUCUACCUCAAAACCAACAACAGGUCGAUUGCUGAUUGGCUGAAACCUCCAGAUACUUGGUUCCUACUGGAUUUCAUCAAACCAGAGUUUCUGCUGCUGAGGCCUGGGAGGGGGCAGGUACACCCUGAGCACCUCCAAUUCAGCCAUCGCUGCUCUGCUGUGUGCCCUGUACCCACACUUCCCUGCUCACAGUACUGACAACCGCUACCACCUGCAGGCCCUGCGGCACUUGGCUGUGCUGGCUGCAGAGCCACGCCUGCUGGUCCCUGUGGACGUGGACUCCCUGAAGCCCUGCUACGCCCUCAUAGAGGUCACCUACAAGGAGACCAAGUGGUACGAUGAGACGACCGUACAGUUGAUGGCUCCCACCAUGCUUCCUGAGCUGCACCUUCUCAAACGGGUAAAGGUGAAAGGGCCACGAUACUGGGAACUGUCUGUAGACCUCAGCAAAGAAACGCAGCAUCUAAAGUCCAUCCUGUCCAGAGAUGGGGUGUUGUAUGUAAAACUACGGGCUGGCCAGCUGCCCUACAAAGAUGACCCUCAAGGCUGGAAGAGCUUGCUCGCCUCCGCCGUCAACCACCGCAACUCUGGAGUCAGGGCCUUCAAGCCUGAAGCCAUCUCUACAUUCACGUCAGAGCCUGCCUUGGUCUCCUUUGCAGAGUUCUUCUGUAAAACAUCUGAAGGAAUGAAACACAGAGAGGAUACUCUGGUGUUGUUUUCGGCGAUGCUGUAUGAAUGUGUGACACAGGAAUUUCCUGAGAUGCUGCCCACAUAUAUUGCUAUUGAGCAGGCGGUGAGUGCUCUGCGUCGGGGUGACCUGCUGCAGACCUUCCCCCUGUGGCAGAUGCGUCUGGUGGUGGAGCUAUGGGACAGCAGGGUGCUGCGAGGCCCCGCUUACAGCGACGACGCCCUGCUCACCUCUGAGUUUCUGCCCGUCAUGAAAAACAUGGUGGAUGUAGCACUCGACAGCUGGCUCAAAGAUAACAGCUCAGUGUUGAGGUCCUACAUGAGGGGUGAAGCCCUCCCUAAGGACGCCCAGUCUAUGGUGUUGGCCUGCUUUCUGGUGUACCGCUCCAUCCCCUGCCUCAGGAACACACACACACAGCUGGAGGGCUGCAGCUCAUUUGGGGAUUUAUUGUCGCGCAGCACCCAGCUGGGCAUCCCUCUCAGAGACCUGCUGAGGCUGGUACCCGUCCUGCUGGGCUCCGCAUCGGGACCACAGACACUGCAUGGCUUCCCUCAGCAAGCCUUUUGAUCCUGAUGCUCAGUACUAGUCAACUGGCUAGUACACUCUCAGAGAUGCAGUCCAUAGCCUUACGUUUCCCACUGCGAGCACAGGUAGGACAGAUAACUGAUCACUACCUGUAACACCUGCGGGUGUGUGCGGCAAGAGGGACCAAAUGUGACUAUAAGAGGUCUCAUGUCGUACUGCGGCAUGGCUGCUCUGCCUCUGAGAAGAAGUGUUUGGAAAAUACAAACUUUGUUUCCUUCUCAGUCACUAGUAAAUGGAAUUAGAGUUUUGUAAUAUAAUAUUUCUAUUUAGGUUGUUUUUUUUACACUAUAAAGACAGUUUGGCUGCAGUAACUAUGCAGUACAUAUGCCAUUUUUGUGGUAUAACAAAUCCAGAAUCGGGACUUACUUGCUCAAAAGUCAUGUGGCAGACAAUUUUGUUUACUGCCAAACAGGGAAGGACUGGUAAGUGCAAAGUGAAAAUGGUUUGGCUGUAGUCACACCAGUGUCCACCCUGACUGAGGGCUGUCCUAAGUUCAGACCACUGUGUUGUGAGGACGAGAGGACAAAGACAAGACAAUAAAGUACCUGCACGCUUCAUGAAUACUGUGGUUUCUUCUGUGUCUUGAUAUUUCCUCUUGAGGCUGAGUCCUUGCAGUAAUCAAGAGGUCAACUGCCUUUAUUGUUUUCUGAUUUUUCUUUUUUUUUUUUUUACAAAGACCACCUGAGGUAUUGCUUCUCAUUAAAUCACUAAAAGAACUGCACUGUAUUUUUUGUUUUCCUGUAUUUGCUCAUUAUGUGCGACACGGAUGUUGUUUUGUUGCCAGGGUUGCAUCCUUUUGGUCAAGGCUGGUUUAUUGAAGUGAGUCGAGGAUCAAAACAGGCUGUGUUUUUCUUUCUUUUUUUAGGGGGGUUCCCCACAUGAAUGGAGUCCCCUUAUCUUAAAGUGGUAUUUUUGUAACAAAACAAUGUUUCCCACAGAUGCAACUGAAUUUACUCAUUGUUUGCACUUACUGGGAAAACAUUGGCUUUCAGUUUUGAC